UUUUUUUUGAUAAAAUGAAUUCGUAAAAAAACCCGUUCGUUGCGCGCCGAGACCAAUACUUGCGUAUGUAUACGUGCAAUAGCAAGCGGUAAAUAGUUAAUAAAUCACAUUUUUAUUUUGCCAACAUUAAUAACUAUUUUGAAAUAAAACCAAAUCGAAAAGUGCGUGGAAAAGUGUACGAAACGAAACCAAUACACGGAAAGUGGGACAAACGAGCGUACUGUGUUUGUGUGCUUGUUUGUGUGUGUGUGCGUGCGGUUGUGUGUGUGUGUUGUGUGUGUGCCUAUGCUUGUGUGUAUGAGUUUGAGCGUGUAGCGCGCUACAGUCGUCAGUUCAACAAAAGAAAAACGACGACGAAUUGAAAUAAAAUAUGUUGUGUUUCAAUAUUUGUCAGCUAAAAAUUGAAGCAAUUUUACAAAUUUUCAAAUGCCGCCACAUAAUAAUUUAAGGCGCUCAAUUACAACUACAGCAGCAACUACUACCACUACAACUCCAUCUUCUUUUGUCUGACUACACUGACCCGAGACGACGACAACGACGACGAUUUUGCCGCAUGGCAUGCGGCAAUUGGAAGAUUGGAUAGAGCAGCAAUGAAUGAUUUACGUCAACAGCAGUUGGUAGCAGCGACAUCGUCAUCUGGAACAGGAUCGGGAGCAGCAGCAACAGGAACAUCAUCGAGUCGCCUUAAAUUGGCGGCCACCAACAGCACCACCAUUAUUGCUCCACCCAGUGAGGAAGAACAACGUGUGAGCUCGACAUCAUCGCCGGCACAGCAACAGCAGCAGCAACAUCAGCGUCAACAGGAAGAACAGUCGCAAGAGCUGGCCGAGCUCGAUCAGGAAGAGGAGGAAGAGGAGGAGGAGCACCAUCACCACCACCACCAUCGCCACCUGCAACAUCAACAGCCUGGUCAAAUAACCAGCACAACAGCAUCACCGCCACCGCCGCUGCCUCCUCCCUCACAGUUGGAGCUGUUGUCGUUGCCAUUGAGUGACGACAAUGCCCAAAAUCGACUUGGAGCAGAGCAAUCAGAAGCAACUGGAGGACCAUCCUCAUCGUCAUCAUCAGCAUUAUCAAUAUUAUCGUCCUCAUCAUCAUCAUCGACUUCAUCAUCGCUAUCGGGAGGUGAAGCUGCAGAAAUGGCUGCCACAGCCGUCGAUGUUGUGAACGGUGGCGGCGAGGAGAGGAGCGGCGGCGGCGGCGGCGGCGAGAGUGGAGGUUCAACGGCUAAUCCCCAUCCCUCACCCAUACACAAUAAGAUCAUAUUGAAGCUAUCCAAACAGCAGCAGCAGCCAACAAAUGAAUCUCAAUCAUCAUCGAAUGCUGCUGGCCAAGAUCGUGGCCAGUGUCAGGAUGAGCGGCGUGUGGAACCAUUGCGCAUUCAGUUGCCUAGCAGUGGGGUGGGCGUGAGCGUGGCCAUAUCCGACGUGGAUGCCUCAUCCUGUUCCUCCUCUUGUGCAGAGGAUGAAGCCUCCUCCUCCAUAACGAGAACAAAACGACCACCUCCUCUCAAUCCACUCAGCACACCGCACAUUGUGCCAAAGCUAACGAUACGGGCUGCCAAUGAGGAGCGAGUGGGAAGCGUUGUACCCAAGUUAACAAUUAAAAUGCCCGAAAAUUCAUCCGCCUCCAAUGCGAACGCCACAUCCUCCUCCUCUUCUACAACAACAGCAACAACAAUACCAACGGCGACGGCAAAUAACUGCAACAGUUUAAGUCCACCUGUUGCUGCCCCAGCUGCGACGGCGGCGACUCAAUCUUCAGCAUCAGCGCAGAAGCCAAUGGUCAAGGUGUCAAGCCUUUCGCCUGCCUCAGCAUCCGGCGCUUCUUCAUCCUCGUCGUCCUCGUCGUCGUCAUCAUCAUCAUCAUCCUCGUGUUCGUCAUCGUUAUCCGAAAUGCCAACAGUGCCCAAGUUAAUGAUCAAGACAACAAUAGCUGGGAGUAGUUGCAUCACCACAAGCAAUACCAAUGAGGAUCAACAACAGCAGCAGAUACCAAAGUUGACGAUUAAAACGACAGCAGGAGGAGGAGCAGGUCAACAGGAACAGCAGCAGCAGCAUCUUCACACUGUGAUCAUGACACAUGAUCUCAAUAAUGCCCAGAGCAUACCCAAGUUGACUAUUAAGACCAAGUCAAUUGAAUUGGAGGAACAGCAGCAACCUUUACCCAAAUUAACCAUUAAGAAUUUAUGCUCACCCAAGCACAAGGUUCGUGCUGUUCUUGAGGAUAAAUUGCCGGCCACUCCACCCUCCAAAUUGGCCACUACCAUCGCCACAGCCACAACCAACACGACGCGGACUCCCAUAACAAAUGGUCAGGAAUCGAAUAGUAACAGUCAAGAGUUUUGUGGCUUUUCCGAUGCAGAUGAAUUGCGUCGUAAUUCUGAUGACAUGGACAUUGAUGAAUCCCUUUCCAAAGAUCAUGAUCCACAAAUGUUUCACAAUUUGCCACCCCUGGUGGCAGCAGCGGCAGCGGCAGGAACGGGAGGAGGAACACCGGCUGUUGCCAGUAAUGGUAAAGUGUCUAAAGAAGAUCAUCUAGUGGUGGACUUGACGUCAUCGCCUUCACCGUCACCAAGUUCAUCGCCACAUCAUCACCAGGAUCAGCAGCUGCAUCACCAGUUGCGUCAUCCCCAACACCCCAUGCACCCAUUGGAGGCCAGAGCAAAGGAAACUGGAGGCGAAUCCAACAUUUUGCUUAGCCAGUUAACUGCUCCACCGAAAAGUUUCUCCUCCGCUGCUAGCAAAUAUCCACAAUUAACCGAACGACUCUUGGCCAAUGGAGGAAACAGCAACAGCAGCAGCAACAACAAUAAAAUUGAGCCACCUCCUCCAAUGCCACCUUUGGUGCCUGCUCCAAAUGCCCUGCCCCUGCCCCUGCCCAUGCCCAUUAUUGAGGCCAUUGAGAUAUUGGACACACCCGAAGGUAGUCCACAUCAUCUCAAUCACAUAGAGGAUGAGGAACUGGAGGAAGAAGAGGAUGAUGAGCAGCAAUUAAACAAUCAUGUUAAGCUAGACAAUCCAUUGGAGGACGACGAGGUGGUCGAUAACAAUAAUGAACAUCAUUUGAAGCGCAUAAGCAGCAGCAGCAACAGCCAGGCCAAUGAAUCUCCCAGUGGUAUGCCUCCCAUUAAACAGCGUCGAUUGGACAAUGAUGAGAAUGAUCAGUAUACGCAAAAUUGCCACAGCGAGAGUAACCAGCCACCGCCUUCUCAGACAACACCAGGAGGAACAUCAGUUUCCCAAGCACAGACGACGCCCUCUCAUCGAUCCCGCAAGCAAAAGCAUGAGAAGAUACUCAAUUCCGAGCUAGAGGAUACGCUCUUCCCGUCCUCAGCGGCGAUGCAGCAGCAACAACAACAACAGCAGCAGCAGCAGCACCAACAACAUUUAAACGAAACUGAUUGUCAACUGCAAUUGCUACAUGCCAAUACGAAUGGCUCCAUGGAAGGCUGCAGCGGUGAAAAGCCGCCGCCAUCCAUAGCGACAGAAGCUGCAACGCCAUUAAUAGCCGCAUCACCCAUUAACAAUGCCAUCUCCGUCUCCUUAACGGCUACGCCGGUAACAGGGACAGGCAAACGGCGCGGUCGACCGAAAAGGAAUCCCCAAGCAAUAAGGAGCAACAGUCCCGCAACAACCACUCCAAUCGCAGGUGGCGGAGUAGAAGAUGCAGCAGCAAGCAGUGCGGUCAAAUCGCGUCGAGUACAAUUGUUACGCAAGCGUCUGGCUAUUGAUAUGAUCAGUGGAGUCGAUCAACCGGAUGAAACAUCCGGGGGCGCUGGCGGCGGUGGCAUCGGUGGACAAGCUGUUGGCCCCGCUGAACAGGAUCAUUUAACUAUAGUUGAUCAACGUCCAUUGAGAGCAACUCGUCGCACCCAGACACCACAGCCUCAAGUUCCGUCUACGGGUAAAUCAACUACUGGUGGUGGAAGGAAGAGACAGGGUAACCACCUUAAGGCCAAUCAGCAGCAACAGCCUCCUCCUCCUCCUCAGCAGGCGGCUGUGUCCCUGGCACAGUUUGGUGCUGGUGUUGGUGGGGAAACGGAAACCAAUAAUAAUAUCAACAACAACAAUAUGCCGUCUUAUGCCUUGUCCGCCCAAAUUGAUUUAACCACCUGCUCGUCUAGUUCGUCUACCUCUUCGGGUGUGGCUGGCAGUGGCAUUGGUGGUCCCAAUCAGAUGCUGGUAGUCGGCGGCGGCAGUGGCAGCAGUAGCUCAAUGCUGCCACCUACAACCAUAUUAUCAUCAUCGGACCCAUUGCCAGAUGUUAUAUUCCAGCCCAACGAUUUCUCCUCAAUCAUGGCCACCCAACAGUUGCGCUCGCCGCGCUCCUCAGCCAGCAUUAGCGGAGGCAGUGGCGCUGGUAGUCAACCGGAUUCCCAUGACGAGGAUACUUACAAUAGCACCCUCGAUAAUUCUGGAGAUGAAUCGCCGUCUACGAAUCCACUCUCAAUGGGUGCUACCCUCACCAGUGGCAGCGGCACACCCACACGUGGCAGAGGACGUGGACGUGGCUCUAGAGGCGGCGGCGCUCGCAGUAGUAAUAGUGGUGGAUCCUCUUCGGCGGCCCGCGGUUCGAAUAACGCUGCCGGGGUACAACAGCCUCGUGCUCCUCGCAUGAGUCGUGGAGCCAGCGCUGUGGCCAAGGCAAUUGCCAUGAGUAGGCCGCGUUGUGUAGGCGGUCUAAAGCAUACACCUGACCCGGAGAGGCUUAAAGGAUUAUUUAGUCCGUCGCCGCAAGUCUUUGAGGAGGAUACGCGCAUGAGUGCCGAUUUGAACAACAGUAAUCAAUCAAUGGCCAGCUUAAUGGAACCGCCAUUAACACCUCAAAAACAACCGCAGCAAGAUUUUCUCAAUAAUGAGGAGUCACAAUCAUCGCUAGUGAGUAAUAUCAGCUUGAUGGAUUCAAAUCAGGGUCAAUCUGUUGAUACCAUACUGGGAUCAUCAGCUCUAAAACGUCCAAAGAAAAAGAAAAUGGAAAUUUGUGUAUCCGAUGAAACUGAAUUUGUGGCUGCCAGCAUAGCUGAAUACGAUUGGCCGCCGCCCAAAGGUUGUUGCCCGUCCAAAAAUCGUGAUACGUUUAUGAUCCAGGAGCAGGUGGCCCUAUAUUUGGGUAUUACGAGCUUUAAGCGAAAAUAUCCGGAUCUGCCGCGACGUGCUGUCGAUAUGGAGGAGCGAAAUUGGCUACAGGAAAAGGGUCUCGUUAGUGAGAAAAUGUGCGAUUUGGGUAUCACAGCAGUAUGGGCAUCGGAUAUUUUGGAUAUCAUGUAUGCAGAUUUCUAUGACAAAUAUGAAGGCUACAAGGAGUACAUAAGGCAAAAGCAUUUGCGUGAAAUUGAACAAAAGCAAAAGGCAUUAGGACUGAGUGUUGCUAAUGGACGGGGACUCCAAGCCAGAGAUCGGGCCAUGUUGGCUGCCAGUAAAUGGAAUGUGUACUUCAAUAGAACCCGCAAAGAGGAGCGUCUUGCUUGCUUAGAUCUGCAGACAUUCACCAUGAAUCAACCGUUGCCUAGAACAGCGCCAACAUCGACACGACUGCAGCGCUCUGUGGUGAAUGCAGUCCGAUCAGCUGCCCAAGCAGAAAAUAUGCCGGAACCACCAGAGAUGUUGGUGCCACGUGUCUUUGAUGCGGCCUUCCGAGAUGCAGAUUAUGCGUAUCCAUUAACUGUGGUGCCAGAUCAAUUCUGUUUACCCUAUCGCAAGCUGUUACCCUGUGAGCUGAGAGCUUAUCCCUUGGACACAGCAUUGGAUAAACCGGAGACGGUACAGCAGCUACUGCAGGCUCAGCUAUUGCAGCGCAUUAAAGAAUCGGCAAGCAGCAGCACCAGUAGCAAUAACUUUGUGGAGGAGGAACCAACAGCGGCUGAAUCCAGCAGUAGCAUAAGAAAUAGCAAACCCCUCAAGCGACACAGUCGCAGAGCGUUGCGACAGCAGCCUAUUAGGACGCGUACAGCCAGUAAUUCCAGCACCUCAUCGGCCUCCUCCACAAACUCCUUCUCAUCUGGCCACAGUAGUAGUAGCGAAGGAAGUGCCAGCAGCAGUUCCAGUAGUGAUACGGACACCGACAAUGAUAGCGAUAGCGACUCAAGCUGCUGCAGCUCAACCGAUGGCGGCGGCGCCUCUAGUGUGGCCAGUAGCGACAACGAGCAGCAGCAGCGUCCACAGAACAAUUCCCGGCUUAGCCAUGGCUCAAAUUGUGGCGUUUGUCUACGAAAUCAGCAUCGAAAUGCCCGUAAUAUGCCGGAGGCUUUUAUCCGUUGCUACAGCUGUCGGCGUAAUGUACAUCCCAGCUGCAUUGAGAUGCCGCAACGUAUGCUGGGUCGGGUGAGAAACUAUAAUUGGCAGUGCGCCGAAUGCAAAUGUUGCAUUAAAUGUCGCAGAAGACAGAAGGAAGGCAAAAUGCUUUACUGUGAGCAAUGCGAUCGUGGCUAUCACAUUUACUGCCUUGGCGUUAAGACGGUGCCGGACGGCCGCUGGAGUUGCGAACGCUGUUGCAUGUGUAUGCGAUGUGGUGCCACUCGACCCGAGGGCCUGCCUGGAAACGCCAAUAAUAACAACAAUAAUACCAACAACAACGGCAACAGCAACUCACCUGGUGGUGGCAAGACGGUGAAACAUAAAAAGGUUAAAUGGAUCAAUGAGUAUCGCAUUGAUCAUAUAACACAAUUGCGUGAACAUUGUUCAAUGUUAUGUGUGCCCUGUGCACGAGCCAAGCCACCAAAACGUCAAUCUCCAGUAACAGCAGCAGCAACGACACCAACGACAACAACAACACCAACAGCAGGAGCAGGAACAGCAGCGUCGGCGGCAUCACCUGUCCCAGCUGGUGCUGGUGCUGCUGUUGCCACAACACCUGUCACCUGCAUGGAUUUAGAUACACAAACCUAUACCAGUCCCAGUCCAAGUAGUAGUCCCAGUCCCAAAUUACUGGCUACUACUGACAAUAAUUGCACGACAAUUAACAUCACUAACAGCAGCAACAUAAAUACCAACACCACCAGCAGCAGCAACAACAACAACAACAACAACAGCACGGGUACGAUCACCAGCAAUAGCAGCGGCAGCAACAGCAAUAACACAAUCAUACCAGCAAUUGUCAGUGGAGGUCGACGGCAAAUGAUAGCCACAAUGCAAUGCAGCACAUUCAGUAGGCAUCCCGAUGUAACUGAUGAUAAUGAUAUUGUUGCUGGUGUUGCUCCUUUAGCAGCAGCAGCAACAAUAACAACAACAACGGCGCCAACAAAUACAGUUGACGCCAGCAAUGCCUCCACAUUUUCAUCAUCAUCAUCAGCAGCAGCAGCAACAACAACAACGUCAACAACGACAACAUCUUCGUCAUCGACAGCAAUUGGCAUAGCACCGCCUCCGGUAGUUGCCUGAGUGGGGGUUAUACGUUACUGUGCCAAGCGCACUUUAACGGAUUUAUAGUAAGCGCCGGACGCCGCUUGAACCAACCCCCAAGUAGCCAAAAAAGAAAAACCUUUUUACCCCUCUCCCAUCACUCACACAAACACACACACACACACACAAACUUGCAUAGUAUUAAAGAAUGAACAUUUACAUUUUUUUUUUAUGAAAUAUAUUUUAUUAAUUAUUUUUUGAUUAUGUUAUACUGAAACAUGACAAACAAACCCAAGCGAACCAGAACAAUUUCAA